AUGAGGCCGACGACGUCAUGUGGCGCGUUGGAGACGACGGCCGACGGCGCUGCGCGUGAUGGUGCCCAGUCUGAGCGACUCGCCGUGCCGCCGUCGCCCUUUCGCAGCGCCAUCCUCCCCUCUAGACAGCCGCACUCGGCCGCUGCAGAGUCUGGCCUGACAGACCACCAGGGCGGCGCGUCGCGUCCUGGCAGUAGCAAGAAGCGGCAGAUGAGCUUCAAGCGCCGAGCGCCCUCGACAGCGGGCGAGAGUCAGCGGAGCAAGAGCCUUCUCCACCGCUCUAUCGAGACGUUCACUGGCCGAAGCCGAGCCUCGUCCGACGCCCGCUCGCCAGGGAAGGGCGUCCGGCGCAUCCCCACCAUCAGCACCCACUAUGCCAACACCGAGGGCGGCAAGCCGCGCAUCCCUUCGAUCAUGCCCUCGACGCAGCCCUCGCCCCACAGCACGCCGAUCCCCACGCUGCCCUUUGUCGUCCUCUGUCUCGUCUGUUUUGGCGAGUUCAGCAGCUCUGGUGUCGCCGGUCCCUUUCUCUUCUUUCUCAUCGAGAGUUUCAAAGUCGGCGGCGAAAGCGAGGUCGGCUUCUGGGCUGGUAUCGCCGCCUCGGCCUUCUUCUUUGCCCAGUUCCUCACAUCACUCCUCUGGGCCUCGGCUGCCCAGAAGCACGGCCGGCGGGCGGUGCUGCUCGUCUCGCUCGUCGGCAACGCCCUCUCCCUCGUCCUCUUUGGCAUGUCGACGAACCUGCGCAUGGCCAUCUCUGUCCGCCUAGCGCAGGGGCUUUUUAAUGGCGCCGUCGGCGUCGCAAAGGGCGCUGUUCGAGAUUUGACCGACGAAACCAACGAAGGGCGAGCGAUGGGCCAGCUCGGCUUUGCCUGGGGAAUGGGCGGUAUCGUUGGUCCCUUGCUGGGUGGUCUCCUCUGCAAUCCCGUCGACAAGUUUCCCUGGCUGUUUGGCGGUAACGAGCUCCUAACAGAGUAUCCAUACCUGCUGCCUUGCGCUGUCGUGGCCAGUUUCACGGGACUGGGCGCCUUCCUCUCCCUCUUCAUUGGCCCUGACGGCGGGCCCCGGACGGGGGCAAUCCAGCUGCCAGAGAAGGCAGACGUCGAGAGGGCUGCGUCCAACAUGGGCAGUUUCGGGAAAACGGCGGGCAAGCGCAUCAGCGGCUACUUUUCGGGCCACGAUGCAGGGCGCAGCGAGGCGGGCGAGUCAUCGCUGAGCCUGAGGAGGACGGCCGCGGCGGCCUCGUCAGCGGCGGCAUCGAACGAGGGGCACAAGGGCAUGCCCCGCACCUUCACCCAGCAGGUCGAUGAGGAGACGGGCGGACCGCCGUCUCCCCAUGAGAGCGACAACGAGGACAUUGACGAGGCGGAGUUGAAUUCUGCCUGGAGCAGUGCCUCUGUCAACCCGUUCAUGUCCAGAACCACUGCGAGGCAGAAGGGCGUUCUGGGCGGAGGAUCGGCAUAUGGAUAUGAUCGCAGGCCAUCAACCAACGCGGGCAGCGAGAACCCAAUGGUGCAUGGCCGCCAGGCCACGCGCUCGGCCAGCGGUGCCACGGCAGUACGCCCUGGCAUGCGCAACAGCAUGAUCACCAACAACCCCUACGCCCCCGACUUUGAAGACAUCGGCCACGCGCAGCAGCAGAACCAGAGGCUCAGCUUUGCCCAGCGCUUCCUCCUGGCCAACGACGACGCUGUCUUGAACCUUUCAGAUCUGUGGGUUGCUGCUGCCAUCAAUGGCGAUGAGGCCGUCGACGAGGAGGACGAUGACUUUGGCUACGACUACGAUGAUGACGAAGAAUUGGACGAAGAGGACGAAGAGCAGGAGACGCUCGAAGACGAAGGCCGAUCUGUCACGACAGACUCUCACGUCGAGCAGGGCUUUGGCUACGGCGAGCCCCUGGACGAGGAUGCACCCCUUUUGGCGCCCCGGCACCUACCGCCGUUGAACUUCGCUCAGAGGAAACGCCGGGCGGACAGCGCAGGCCACAGCUCCGGCCGACCAGAAUGGAUGAGGCGAAACAGCGCCGGCCGUGUACCGAGCCUGUAUGCCAACACGGGUGUCGAGAACCCCAACCUGCUCAUGCCGUCUUCGCCCACGCAGCCUGCACCUAUCGGUGCUGCUGGGGCCGCUGGUCCCUCUUCUUCGCCCUUCAGAGACCAAGGUAGGACGGGCGGCGCAUACGAUCCGACACUGGCUGGCAUCCCGGAGUCGGGGAGCGCCAGGAAUACAUGGAGCGCAGAGGCUGCACGGCGGGCCCAACAGCAGACCCACUUGAAGAACUCUAGUCCUCUUCGGCCGCCCUCGGUGGCUUCGUCGAGCGCAACGACGGUGCAGCGACCGCCCGCUCCGGCCGCCGAUGAAAAGGCCGCUUCAGCAGGGUUGUUCUCCCAGCUUCCCCUCGUCUUUAUCUCCCACUACGGUCUCAUGGGCUUCCACUCGUCGACCUUUGACCAGGUCUUCAUGGCGUUUCUCGUCACGCCUUUUAAGUCUGGUGGCCUGGGUCUGACGGCUGCGCACUACGCCGAGCUGAUCGCUGCCAUGGCAUUCUGCCAAAUCAUCUUCCAAUUCUACUUCUACCCCAAAGUGGGGCCGCCACAGGGCAAGCUAUCGCAUCUGAGCAUGAUGCGCCUCGGCACCUCGUUGUACUUGCCGACAUACGUCCUCUUCGCUUACCUGCGAAAGUUCUUGCACCCCAGCACCGACGCCAUCGUCAUGACGUUUAUGAUCGCCUUUGCGUCGCUGCGCUGGCUCGCAAAUGUAUGCGCCUUCACCAGCGUCAGCGUCUUGAUGAAUGCCACCUGCCCGCCUCACCUGGUGCCCCUGGCCAACGGCCUGGCCCAGACAACCAGCAGCGCGGCCAGAUUCGUGGGGCCCUUGGUCGGAGGUGUCGUCUGGGCGAUGGGAAUCGAGGGAGGCGUCGACGCCCACGCUUGGCCAUUCAACUACCACUUUGGCUUCUGGGUCGUCGGUCUGCUCGGCUUUGCUGGCUUCCUGCACACCUUGGUCAUCCGCUAG